AUGCCCAAAGCAAUCACAAUGAAGCAAGUCGAGGGGAAGCCAGGCAAAGUCUAUUACCCCACCAAACAGCCAACUGAGACCUAUAAUGUACACCAGCCUCCAGCUAGCAACCGUCCCCACGCCCACCCCGGGCCCCAACGACCUCCUCAUAACCAUCUCCGCCGCGCGCUCAACCACCGCGACUUCUUCCUGCGCCAACACCUCUACCCCGCCCCCUCCUUCACCACGCCCAUCCUCGCCGACGGCUGCGGCACCGUAACCGCCACCGGCAGCUCUGCCACCUCCUGGCUCCACAAACGCGUGAUCCUCGCCCCCGGACAAGGCUGGGCCUCUUCACCAACGGGUCCGGAAUCCCCCUCGGGAUAUGCGAUCCUAGGCGGCACGUCAAGCAACCCGCUCGGCACGCUACAGGAAGUCGUAUGUGUUGACCAAAGCGAAGUAGAGGUCGCGCCGGAGCAUCUGAGCGAUGUGCAGGCGGCGGCGCUGCCGCUGACGGGGUUGACGGGGUGGCGGGCGCUGGUGACGAAGAGUGGGAAUGCGGAGGCGGGGCGCAAUAUCUUGGUUACUGGCAUUGGUGGGGGAGUGGCGCUGAAUGUGCUGCAGUUUGCGGUGGCGGCGGGGAGUAAUGUUUGGGUGACGAGUGGGAGUCGGGAGAAGAUCGAGAGGGCGGUGGAGGUGGGUGCGAGGGGGGGAGUGAGUUAUAAGGAGAAGGGGUGGGAGAAGGAGUUGAGGGGCUUGUUGCCGGUGGAUAGGCCGUGGCCCGGCGGAGUCAUCGUUCAGUACGGCAUGACUGUUGGCCCUAAGAUGGAUUGGACAAUGGGUGCUAAUUUGAUGAACUUGGAAUUGAAAGGCACGACAAUGGGCAGCAGGAAGGAAUUCAAGGACAUGGUUGCGUUUGUCAAAGAGAAGAAGAUUCGGCCCAUUGUUUCGAAGGUUGCAAAGGGCUUGGAUAAUCUCAAGGAUAUCGAUGAGUUGUUUGAGCAGAUGAGGAAUGGAAGCCAGUUUGGGAAGUUGGUUGUUGAGGUUGUCCCGUCACAGGGUGGGAAUAGUUCUAGUAAGUUGUAG